GGAGCGUGGUCCUCGUUUGGCUUUUGUCUUGGACCAUCGAUCAAAUAUCUCCCCUUUCGAGGCACUGGCUGUUGCGACUGAUGCAUUCAAGAGGGAAUCAAAUGGACUGGUGUUUUGGAAACAAUGGAUCUGCAAUCACUGUAUACACACUUCAUUAGAUCGUGCUGCCGAUCAAUUCCGUUUUAACAUUGAAAGUGUUCAACAAAGCACUACCGGAACAUCACUGGAAGCUUGUCUAUGGAAAAGUCUCUUGAACCUCUUGGGAUUCAAGCGCUUACGUGAAAUGAAGCUGCUACGUAUCCAAUUCCAACAACUUCUGUCUCUUAUGAGUGAUGUGAUUCCAACUUUAGAUACAAUCACAACAUAUCAACAUAGGAUUGUUGCACCAGCAAUCUUCAGUGCUAUCAGGAGAGGGAACUUUGAAUUUGUUUAUUUUAUAGUCAAAGCAGAUUCAAACAUUUUAAGGUUCUAUGAUGAUAUUGAAAGAAGGAACAUAUUCCAUUGGGCCAUCCUAUGUCGUGAAUACGGGACCUUUAGCCUCAUAUGCAACAUAAAAAGAAAGAAUGUUCUACUAAAUAUGUUAGAUGAGUCCGAAAAUACCAUAUGGCAUAUGGCAGGGAAGUUAACAAAAAAUACUCUUGUCGAUCAAAUAAGAGGUGCAGCUUUUCAAAUGCAAAGAGAAGUUCAAUGGUUUAAGGAGGUGGAAAGCAUUUGCCCUCCCUCUCUUAAGGAAAGUUUAAAUAAAGAAGGUUUGACUGCCAGACAAUUGUUUACUAGAGAUCACCAAGAGAUGAGAAAAGAGGGAGAGAAAUGGAUGAAGAGCACGGCAACUUCUUGUACUGUGGUCGGUGCUCUCAUCAUUACUAUUAUGUUUGCGGCAGCAUUUACUAUUCCUGGUGGUAACAACCAAGAUACAGGCUUGCCAAUCCUUGUGCAUGACAAACUAUUUACACUCUUUAUAGUAACUGAUUCUGUGUCACUAUUUUCUUCCUCAACUUCAGUAUUGAUGUUUUUGGGAAUCCUCACAUCACGUUAUGCAGAAGAAGACUUUCUUAAAUCUUUGCCUAGAAAGAUGAUGAUAGGCCUUUUCACUCUCUUCUUCUCUAUUGCAACUAUGAUGAUAGCCUUUUCUGCUGCUCUUUUUCUUAUGUUACGUGGAAAAUAUUUGAUCGUCGUCCCUAUCAUUGGUUUGGCUAGUGUUCCCAUUAUUCUAUUUGUAUUAAUGCAAUUUCGCCUUCUUGGUGCAUUGCUUGUUUCAACCUAUGGAUCGGGCAUCCUUGAUAGAAAAAUAAAGCUUUCUUUUUAAAUUUUUACCUUAUUUCUUGUAAUGUUGUAUUGAUAUAUGGCAGACUAAGUAGAAUUGAUGAUUAUUUUUUGUUGGAACAAUA